GUUAUGUUUCCUAGCAACCAGAAAGUAAAUUUUAACUGGAAUCUGAAUUGUUUAUUUAUUAGCAUAAUAUAAAAUAGUCCUAACUGUUUCUUAUUAGCUCAUGUUUCUCCUAAGUUAUUCGCAGGAUCCGUCAGUGAAAGCCGUUAUACUUAGAUUUAUGAGUAUUAUGAUUUGAGAUGCCUGGAAGAAAGCAUAGAAGAGAUAAAAGUGAAGUUAGUUGUUGCUUGAAAUAUCUCAUUUUUGGCUUUAAUGUUAUAUUUUGGUUGCUAGGACUCAGCAUCCUUGUAGUUGGAGUUUGGGCUUGGACUGAAAAGGAUAUCAUCAAUAAUUUAACAAGAAUAACAAAUAUUGCAUUAGAUCCUGCAUUUGCACUUGUCAUUGUAGGCAGUAUUACUUUCAUUAUUGGAUAUACUGGCUGUGUUGGUGCAUUAAGAGAAAAUACAUGCUUGUUAGCUGCUUAUGCAAUAUUUUUAGCAAUUUUGCUGCUAUUAGAAAUGACUGCUGGAAUUUUGGGUUUUAUUUUUAAAGAUUGGAUAAAAUCUCAAGCAACUGGGGGAUUUCAAGCAUUUAUUAUCCAUUACCGGGAAGAUCCUGAUCAACAAAAUUUAAUUGACUGGAUACAAGAACAAUGGUUGGAAUGCUGUGGAAUAGAAGGACCUAAAGAUUGGGACAUGAAUAUUUAUUUCAACUGUUCUAGUAUUGAAGUAGGAAGUCGAGAAGCUUGUGGUGUGCCAUUUUCUUGUUGCAAACCACAACCCAAUGAAAUUAUAAAAAACAAACAGUGUGGAUAUGAUGUAAGAAAAUCAGAAUAUUCUGUGGAUAAGUCUGCAGUCAUAUAUGAGAAAGGAUGUUUAAGGGCUGGAGAAGAAUGGAUAGAAGCUAAUUUAGUACCUGUUGCAGGUGUAGCUGUGGCAGUAGCUGUUUUACAAAUUUUAGGCAUUUGUUUUGCUCAGAAUCUGAGAGCUGAUAUAUUUGCACAGAAAGCAAAAUGGCAAUGACAUUUACUUUCCCAGAGAGUUUGAAAUAUUCAAACUCCAAAUAUUGACUGUAAAAUACACAAUGCCAGUAAGAGUUAAUUUUUAUCAACAAUAACAACUAUGGGAACAAUGCCAUACACAGAAUGAAUAAUAAUUUCAAUCUGUGUUCCCCUUGUAAAAUAUCUUCAAAACACAACUAGUCUCACUUGCUGUCUUUCAUAAUCAUUUAUUACCAAAUAUGAGAUUAUCUCAUUGUCGGUAUUAAUUUUAAAAUGAAACAUAUAAAAACAACAAUAAUGAUUCUUAAAAAUAAUAGCCAAUUAGGUUAAAAGCAUUUUUAGGUAUUUUUAAAUUAUUCUUAUA